AUCACGGUCAAUUUUUCUAAGACUUUCUCUUCCACUUGCAACUCACACUCCACAAAUCUCAAUCUUCUUACACUCUCUCAACUUCACUCUAUCUUCUUUCUCUCUCUAGAACAAGAUCAUAUAUAGAGAGAGAUUUAGAUUAGAUACACAGAUGGGUUCAGUUUCAUUGAAAAUUGGUGAUGGCACUGCAAGAUUCAAGAGAGCUACUUUCUGUUCUUCAGCUGUUAAUCUUCUGAUGUUAUUCUCUGUUAUCACAACCAAUCUGUUUGCUCUUUAUGCAUUUACAUCAUCACCAAGAGAUCACACACAUUUCUCUCUUCAUCAUCACAAGAACAUCUCUCUCAUCUCUGAGCAAGUCUCUUUGAUCCUCAGAGAGAUUGAUUCUUCUCAAAAGAAGCUUACCCAGAUGGAGAAAGAGCUUCUUGGUUAUGAAAGUAUUGAUCUUUCGAAGCCCAACAUCCCAAUUGAGCUCAAGAACUUUCUGCAGCACCAUCAGCUUCCUUUAGGCAAAGAUUCAAGAACUGGGAUUACUGAAAUGGUUGCAUCUGUGGGCCAUUCUUGUGAGAGAUCUUUGGAUUUGCUGGCCCAGUAUAUGAAGUAUAAGGUUAAUGGGCCUUGCCCAGAUGAUUGGAGUCUUGGCCAGAGGCUGAUUCUUGCAGGAUGUGAGCCAUUGCCUAGAAGGAGAUGCUUUGCCAAAUCUAUUCCUAAGGUUGGUUUACUUCCUUAUCCUAAUUCACUUUGGAAAAAUGUUAGUGAGAAGAUUUAUAGUUGGAGUGGUCUUGGAUGUAAGAAUUUAGCAUGUUUAAAUAGUAAGAAACUAAAUAGAGAUUGUUCUGGAUGUUUUGAUCUGGUAAAUGGGUAUGAAAAAGAAAGGUUUGUAAAAGGUAGGGGUAAAAAUGAUUUCUUGAUUGAGGAUGUACUGGCUUUAGGAAGUGGAGGAACAAGAACUGGAUUGGACAUUGGUGGUGGGUCUGGAACUUUUGCUGCUAGAAUGGCGGAAAAGAAUGUGACUAUAGUUACCGCUACUUUAAAUGUAGAUGCGCCAUUUAAUGAGUUUAUUGCUGCCAGAGGUCUUUUUCCGGUGUACCUUAGCUUAAAUCAUAGGUUUCCUUUCUAUGAUGGUGCAUUUGAUCUGGUUCAUGUUGCAAAUGGAUUGGAUAUUGGAGGUCGACCAGAGAAAUUGGAGUUUUUAAUGUUUGAUAUUGAUAGGAUUUUGAGGGCUGGUGGAUUAUUUUGGUUGGACAAUUUUCUGUGCACAAAUGAUGAUAAGAGAAAGGUUCUAACCCGACUGAUUGAACAAUUUGGAUAUAAAAAGUUAAAAUGGGUGGUGGGCGAAAGGAUAAAUGGAGGAGGGAACUCAGAGGUCUAUCUAUCGGCAGUCCUUCAGAAACCUGUAAGACUAUGAUACAAAGAUCAUAUUCGGCAAGGUGGUUAAAAUAGUAUUACAUGUUCCAAUUCUUGACACAAUAUAUUUGAGCUUAUAACUUAAGAUCAUCAAGGGAUUUCUUUUUCAGUUCGCAAUAAAUGUAUUGCAUUUGCUUUGUCACAUCAUAAGUGCAGACAAGAAGUGAUGAGGAAGACCAAUGCAAACUAGAAGGUGCUACAUUAGUAUUAAUUAUUCUGUUAUCUAUAUAGAAACUGAGAAUAUUAUAUAUUGAAAAAUUUCUUUAGUGAAACAAUUCAUUGUUUGGAGUUGACACAAGUCAUCAUCUAGAUAAUUUUCUUCUUCACUGUAAUUUGUUGAAAUGCAUUUUAGUAUUAUUUUGAAUCUAUUCUUUAGGUACAAACUUGCAAAGCCUUAUAUAUAUUCUAUUUUAGGCA